UUGCAAGUCCGCUUCUGAGAAUAAAAGAUCGCUCAUGCUCCGGUCAUGAGGUUAUCAGCAUGGAGAUAGAAUAUUAAAGCUCAAUAAAUUGGCGCGUCCCGAUCAACCAAUGUCAGUGUGCGACACGCAGUAGUCGCGGUGUGAAAAUUUUAUUUAUUGUGUUUGUGUCCUGCAUUUAAUUAAAAUAAGAGGGUGGUGCAACAGGUCAACAUGAAGCGCUUGAUGAUAUUUAUGGCCGCUUUGGCUAUAGCAGUGGCUAAACCAGAGUUAUACAAAGAAAAGGAAGAUUUUCAGUUUUCGCGAAGUUCCACGGAUGAGGGAUCCAAGUCAGGAUUUUAUGGCGCUCAGCGAGGCAACAUGGGUGGUAAUUACGAACGUGCCCAUAACAUGGACGCUUUGGCUCAAAAUCAAAUGAGUGGCCUGGUGCGACAAGUCGAAGGAGAACUAGGCAACGGUGCCAAAACGAGAACUGGAAGUGUUUACACCGCUGCCAACUCUAGAGGCACUUAUGGAUCGGGUCACUAUGACCUUAGCAAUCUUGCUGGGCGCAAUUUUCAGGAAGGUACAUCAUACGGAGACUCACACUCACAAUCUUCGUUAGCAUCGUCUUCAGCUUACAACGCAGCAGGAUACUCAAGUAGCCAGUCACACAAUUCAAGACACAGUGGAUAUCAAGCAGGUGGACACAGUGGAUAUCAAGCAGGUGGACACACAGGCAUAAACCUACAAUCUGAUGACCUUCAAACACUCGAUACCACCCGCGGAGCAGGCCAGUAUGAGUAUGGCGGUAGACAAACAGGGUAUAGUUCCGGAUACAACGCGCGGUCUGGUUACCAACAACAUUCUACUUACGAUAGCAGCAACUCUAAUCUCCAGUCAGGCGAUUAUGGCUCAAAUGUCCAUACUAGGUUAAUAAGUGCAACACCAGUCAGAAUUAUCGUAAGACCAGGAACGAGGGUUGCUAUACCAAUAGGUGCUCAAACAUACGAGAUUGGACAAGGAUCUCAAGUAAACCACAAUUCUCUUAACAGUGAAGCUGAAGUGUUAAGCAAUGCCAACCAACAUGCUGUGUAUAGACCUAGUAACGCUAAACAUUACGAAUCAUCUUACAACUACCGCAAAGAAUGGGAAAAGCACGACACAAUUCCUGUAACUGUUGCUUCGUCUACUUCUACAGAUAACCCAUUCCCUAGAAAUAGUGAACUUUAUGAGGACAGUCAGGCACGCACAAGUAAUGCUCAAUAUGACGCCCGCAGAGCGGAUUCUCAUAGAGCACACUCAAGCAGUGUGUAUGGUGGAUAUGGCGCUGUUAAGUCUACAUCUGGACAAUCUCGUUCGAAUUACGACGCACAAAGUAGUGGACAUUCUACUUACAAUAAUGUCAACGGGUUUACUGCAGCUGGAUCUAAUUACCAAGACUCUACAUCGAACUCCAGAUCAAAUGGUUAUAAUGGCCAAACUCAGUACAAUGCUGGAAGAUACGGAGCUGCAGUAGAUUCCAAUUCGUUGACUCAAGCCGUACAUAAUACAGGGAUACAUAACGCUGAUUUGAAUAGUCAAGUUGAAACUUUAGACACAAAGCCUAAAAGUUAUCAAUCCUCUUAUUCUUAUCAUAAAUCAUGGGAACGUCAAGGAGACCCUUAUGUUAUUAAGCCCGCAUCUGGUGCAUAUUAUGAUGGCCAAACUUCGCAAAGGCUGAGUUCCUCACUGAAUCAGGGAUAUGUUAGUGGAUCUCAUUAUCAACAUUCACAUCAAAGAGGUGAAGACUGUGACGAGAAUGGCCAUAUACGCGUUGCCCGAUCGUAUAACAUUGAUCAGUUUCAAGAUCAACAGCAACAAAGUCAGAAACUAGAAGAUUUGGGUCAGCAAGUAGAAGAUUUCGGUCAGCUAGUGGAAAAUUUUGACCAACAAACUGGUCAGCAAGUGGAAGAUUUAGGCCAACAAACCCAAACUGCCUGGGGUCAAGAAACUGGACAGGAGACGCAAAAUCUGUGGGAUAACGUAGAAGAUUUAAGUCAACAAUCACACAACCAAUGGGAUAAUAUGCAGCAAACAUGGUCCAAAUUCGAAGAUAUCGAUCAACAAACUCAAGACUUAAAUAAGCAAACCUCAAAUCUUGAUCAAAAAGUUCAAAAUGAUCAAGAACAACGCAGACAAGGCACAGAAUUAAAACAUAAUACUCAAGAGCAACAAACACACGAUAUCUGGGAUAUGAGCAACAUAAGACAAGAUGACCAAGAACAAUCUAGUAUAUUUGAUCAAAAUCAUGAACAAGUCCAAUUCAGUGGACACGACAGUCAGAGUGGAUACCAAAACACACAACAAAGUAAUUCUCAACAUACCAACGCAAACUUUUAUAAUUCCCACAAAGAAGAAAGCUCUUUUCAUGAAACUCACCAUGAGAGUAACCAAUGGCACAUGUACACCGCCAGUAAUUCUCGGGAUCGGACUGUGAACACUAAUAUCAACUCUCAUACUAUUGAUUCAAAUACUCCAACUGCGCCUCUAGCCAGCAUUUGGGAUAAAUUAGGUAAUUUAGAGCCCACAUUAUUAGUAAACAAAUUAAAUAAAAGUGAAGAGAAUAACUUUUCGCAAACACAAAACAAUCAUGGGUAUUCAAUGCGGACGGACAGUCAUCCUAAAGUUGAUGAAAAUGUUCAAGAUUUAGUACACCACAAACAGGAAACAGAAAUGAGCGUAAAUAAAUCAAAUGGCACACGUAAUGAGCACGAAACUUCACACGAUGUGGGCCGCGGAGAUAUCAGCUCAGAAGAUUUAAUCGCCUCAAAUCCUGACAAACAUCCCGUUGAUACGUCAGAGAGCAUGGAAACAACACAAAACAAAAAGGAAGUAGAAAUAGAUUCACCCCAAAGUGAUUUGAGUGUUUUGGGACCAGUUGUUCAAAAAUUGCACGACCAAGGUAAUAGUAAUGAUAAGACGGCAGGACAAAGCAACAUACAUGUUUUUGACGAAAACAAGCAUUUAACAGAACAGUCUCAUGAUUUGAAAGAACAAAAAACCAUUGAAAACUCAGAUCAAAUAAGGGUUCAUUCAGAUGAAUUUAAAAAUAAUGAGGAUAAAGUAAUAACGGAAUCCCAAAACAAUAGACGGAAUAAACCAGAACAAACACCAGUACAACAUAUUGGUCAGGAAGAAAACUUAGACCAACAAAAUUUAGAAGAUUUUAGUCAACAUCAAAAUAUGGAACAACAGAAUUCCCAAGACAUUUUCCAGCAACAUAACUUAGACCAACAAAACUGGCAAGAUUUUGGCCAGCAACAAAAUUUGAACCAAGAAAAUUUGCAAGAUUUUGGCCAGCACGUAAAUAUGGAACAGCAAAAUUUGCAAGAUUUUGCGCAGCACGAAAAUAUGGACCAACACAAUUCCCAAGACUUUAAUCAACAACAUAAUAUUGAGGAACAAAGUUUACAAGAGUUUGGUCAGCAAGCAGAUACGCAGCUACAAAAUGUAGAUGAUCUUAAACACAAAGAAAAUUUGGAUCAACAAAACGUACAAGAUUUUGGUCAGCAGACUGACUCACAGCAACAAAGUUUGCAUAACGUAUGGCAGCAAGCUGACUUACAGCAACAGAGUGUACAUGAUCUUGAACAAAAAGAAAAUUUAGAUCAACAAAACGAGCAAGAUUUUGGUCAGCAGACUGACUCACAGCAACAAAAUUUGCCCAAUAUUUGGCAGCUUGCUGAUUUACAACAACAAAAUGUACAUGAUCUUGAACAAAAAGAAAAUUUAGACCAACAAAACGAGCAAGAUUUUGGUCAGCAGACUGACUCACAGCAACAAAGUUUGCACAAUAUUUGGCAGCUUGCUGAUUUACAACAACAAAAUGUACAUGAUCUUGAACAAAAAGAAAAUUUAGAUCAACAAAACGAGCAAGAUUUUGGUCAGCAGACUGACUCACAGCAACAAAGCUUGCACAAUAUUUGGCAGCAAGCUGAUUUACAGCAACAAAAUGUGCAUGAUCUUGAACAAAAAGAAAAUUUGGAUCAACAAAAUGAACAAGAUUUUGGUCAGCAGACUGACUCACAGCAACAAAGCUUGCACAAUAUUUGGCAGCAAGCUGAUUUACAGCAACAAAAUGUGCAUGAUUUUGAACAAAAAGAAAAUUUGGACCAACAAAAUGAACAAGACUUUGGUCAGCAGACGGACUCUCAGCAACAAAGUGUGCAUAAUAUUUGGCAGCAAGCUGACUUGCAGCAACAAAAUGUACAUGAUUUUGGACAAGACUUAGAAGUAGAGUCUAUUAACCACAAUGGACGGAGUAACAACUACCGUGAGAACCAAGAACAAGACAUAACAAUGCCAACACAUAAACAAUCAUCAAUAAACUCUCCACCUCCUAAAGAAGUAGAAGAGGUUGUACAAGUGAAACAUAAUUAUGAUUUACAUUCAACUUCUUCAAGUACUACAGUAGUUACACCAGUAGAGCCAACAGAGGAAAAGCCCGGUUUUUGGAAAUCUAUUGGAAAUAAAUUCAAAAAUGCUAAAAAUAAAAUAGCUUCGUGGUUUUAAUAUUAAACUAAAGAUUUGUAAUUAAUUUAGUUAAAGAUUUUGUAUUAAAAUACUUUUAUUUAUUAAAAUAACCUAGUCAUAAUGAUAAUAUUCUGACAUUUGUGAUACAAAUACAGUUUAAAAGGGUUGCUGAACAAUGUUUAUAUUUUAUUAAAGACAACUUUAACAUGUAAGUAACAAACUUACCUCUGGUAGAGACUGAAAAUAUUUGACGAAAGCUUGCUGCUGGACCGAAUCUGUUAAAAUAAAAUUAUUAAUGUUAGAGAUAUUGUGAUGUAUUAUGAGAAUAAGUUUGUAAUAAAAUUUAUUACAUUAUUAAUUA